AGCUGCCAUGGCUGGUCAUCAGGAACCCAAGGUGAUCGUGUUCAGUCACGAUGCCGAUAUGACGCUACGCGUGCUUGAGUACACGCAGCCACUCAAGCCUAACGAUGACGGAGGAGACAAAAUCAAGAGCACUACCGACUUCCAGGUUGACCGUCAAGUGCUCAUUAACACAUCCGACUCCGAAUUCUUCAGGGCUCUUUUGACAAGCAAUGCUUGGGCCGAAUCUGGCAAGUCUCUCGUUACUCUGAAGGAGCACAACCCUGCUAGCGUCGAGGCCAUCCUCUGUUCAGUCUACUCGAAGGACCAAACAUGGAAAUCUUCCUCCAUCGGUCAACACACCACUGCGCGAACUCUGCAGCUUCCUGCCAAGAAUCUCUGGGAUGUGAUUGCUUCCAAUCACCUCUUCAUGAUACCUUUCCCCGAGAUCGACGCAUGGUUCAGCGCUUGGUAUGAAGAUAACGAACAAAAGACUGUGGACGAAAUGCUGCUAUAUCCAUGCUACCAAUUCCAUCAUGCUCGAGGUUUCAUGUCGGCUACCAGAAACCUUGUCUACGACCGCCCUUUCAUUGAGGAGUACAUGAACGAGAAGCACUAUCGCUUCCAUCUUCCACCACGUCUUAUUCGCCACCUCAGAGUCCUUCUGGCUAGUUGGCUCUGGAAACCGGUUGCAAACGUUCUCAGAAGCUCUUGCGUCUGCAAAGAACAAACCGUUUUCGAAUAUUUCCGUGCCCUCACUUUGACUGGAGGAUAUCCCAUCGAUCAACAGGGUCGAAAUUCAGUCUCUGGUGUCUGCAGGAGUCUUGGAAGCUUUGACAAUGACUUUGAACCAACGAGAUCUCGUCAUGACUGCUAUGUGUGUGACGCAAAUUGGUCCAGAGUUGUGACAGACGCAGUCAUCUCUAUUAAGAAGCACUUUGAUGGACUCUGCCUAGACUGUAUGGACCACACUCAACCGAAGUUUCUCGACGAGCACGAGGACUACUGGAACCAUGUCUCGUAUGACAAGCAGUGGGACAAGCAUUGUCAUAUCAAGCACGGUCAGGCAACCUGGUAUUCAUCCUUUAAAGAGGAAGGUCUCAACCCUGCUCAGAAGCAAGCGAUGCGCGGCAAAGCUGUCUACGAUCGCGAGAUGGUGAACAUACCCGGU